UCGCCGGGCGGAAGGCAUAAAGGGUGGAAGCCGGGGGCCGCUAGUACCCGGCGUGCUUCAUAGGCGCGGGGAUGGCGUGUCGCGGGCGGAGGCCGGAGCACAGCGGACCCCCGGAGGUGGUGAGGCCUGGGGCCGGCGGACAGCAUCGGAGCGUCUCGAUUCUUCCCCUUAUCUUUCCUCUCUCUUUCUCUUUCCCACAGUUCUACAACAAGAACGAAGCCGGGAAAUACAUGCGCAACUCCCGGAUGAUUGACAUCCAGACCAAGAUGGCUGAGCGUGCAUUGGAGCUCCUCUCUCUGCCUGAGGGUCAGCCCUGUUACCUGUUGGAUGUUGGCUGCGGCUCCGGGCUGAGUGGAGAUUACCUCUCUGAUGAAGGGCACUAUUGGGUGGGCAUUGACAUCAGCCCAGACAUGCUGGAUGCAGCGUUGGACCGAGAUACAGAGGGAGACCUGCUUCUGGGGGACAUGGGCCAGGGCAUCCCCUUCAAACCAGGUUCCUUUGAUGGUUGUAUCAGCAUUUCUGCUGUGCAGUGGCUCUGCAAUGCGAACAAGAAGUCUGAUGUCCCUGCCAGGCGCCUGUACUGCUUUUUUUCUUCUCUUUAUUCUGCUCUGGCCCGCGGAGCCCGAGCUGUCCUGCAGCUGUAUCCUGAGAACUCGGAGCAGUUGGAAUUGAUCACGGCCCAGGCCACGAAGGCUGGCUUCACUGGGGGUGUGGUGGUGGACUACCCCAACAGUGCCAAAGCAAAGAAGUUCUACCUCUGCUUGUUUUCUGGGCCUUCGAGCAUUGUGCCAAAGGGGCUGAAUGAAUGUACGGAUGGAGGCGAGGAGAGGGAGUCCACGUUCACUAACGAGAGGGCUCCAUACAGGACUGCGAGGCGGCGGGUGGUGAGAAAGAGCCGGGACUGGGUCCUGGAGAAGAAGGAGCGCCGUAGGCGUCAGGGCAAGGAAGUCAGACCUGACACCCAGUACACAGGCCGCAAGCGCAAGCCCCGUUUCUGAGGCGUAGCUGCGUCGUGGGACAGCUCUGGGCCCACACGGCUGGGAACUGCCAUCCAGCCCAGGCGUUCUCCUCUGGGCAGGGCUUCAUAUUGAAGUGCCUGCUCCAUCAGUUGACAGAAUUGUGUUUUAGAAAAGUUCUAAAAGUAUUUUCUUCACCGAAGAAAGUUCUGAGAGCACCUAAUUUUUUCUAAAAGCAAUAAACCACUUUUCCUGUGGGGCUUUCUGGCAUUUUCCAGCCCUGUUG